UAAACAUUUAAAACAGAAUCAAGACAAAAUGAGUUUUGCAACUGCUGGUCAUGUAAUGUUACACACUAAAUUGGAUGUGCGGCUGAUGACUACCUCACAGUCUGAGAAAGAGGGAAUAAUUGAAGUAAAACUUGAAAACUUUACCAGUUACUAUGUGCCCAUAUGUUAUGAUGAUUCAUCAGAUGCUGCAUUACGGUAUUCUUACACUGUGACACACGUCACGUGUCGUCACUUAGGUUUUAUGACUUACCUCAACCAAUAUUCGCUGCCUGUGCCAUCAGGUGCCUCUUAUAUUGGGCUGAAAAAUUCAAUAUACUGUGAAGGUCAUGAACAACGUUUAGAACAAUGUUACUGGAAUGAGGUUAGACUCUCACCCUGUCAGAAAGUAAUAUCUGUGUUAUGUGGUUCCUGUGAUCAGCAACUCCAAGCGACUGAAGGGCUGUUGACUUCUCCAGGUUUUCCUCAUGCAUAUUUUUACACAUUAAGAUGUGAAUGGACAAUUAGUGUAUUGCCUGACCAGGAUGUUGCUCUUAACUUCCUUGACUUUGUUUUCCCUCCUUCUUUUACAAACCAUUCCUGUGAAGGAGGUGGUGCUCAUCUGGAUAUAGCUGCAUUAGAUGCUAAUUCUGAAACAUACAUCAGCCAGUAUACUCGAUACUGUUCCUCCAAAACUCCAAAUAAACUUCGAAUAUCAACAGAUUCAGUUUUAAUAGAUUUUUUUUCAGGAAUUUAUAAACAAAAUACAAACCAAAAUUCACAGGAAUCACUUGGGUUUCGAAUGUUUUAUCAAGGAGUCAGAAAAGAAGGGUUUAAUCAUUAUACCCUGAAAGUGAUUUUGACGACAUUAGGCAUCAUGGUGUUUUUGGUGAUAUUAGCCUUUUGUUAUUUCUGUAAUAAACGUAAAAGUAAGAAAAUUAAACAACAAAAACAGAACCUGUCUUCAACAAACAGAGAUAUGUGUCACUAUCCAGGGGUUCAAGUCGAGCAACACCAAGUCAUUACAGUCAACUUUCAGGGACCAAGAAACAGUACCUCAUCCUGUGAUACAUGUAACAUUCAACACCACUACGAAGAAAUUCCUAUUCAGAAGCAAACUGAAUAUACCUAUCUUCUACAUGCGAACAUGUCACCUGUUGAAAAGCUGGAUUCUGAGGAAAUAAACAACAAUGUGGUUGUACAUACCUCAGAUUAUGAAACCCCUAUUCUGUUGAAGAAGAAAAUCUCUCCUAUUUCAAACCAUUCAAAGAUUUUCAUACAACAGAGGCAUAAACCUCUACCUCUAGACACAGAUCAGCAGAAUUCUCCAACAUACAUGACUGUUCAGGUAAGUCCACCAGCUUCUACCAUGAAGUGUUAUGAACAGAUUUCCUCCACCCCAGUUAAUAACUGUAGAAUUCCUUCUACUGAUACUGGACAAAAGACUGAAUCCAGGUGCAUGAAAAAACUUGAGACUUCUGCUUGUUUUAUUUGCACAGUGCAAAAUGAUGCCUACAGAAGUCCAUUAAGUCCAGUUUUUAAGGGUGAGAAAUACUCCCCUUCUAAUGUUUUUUCUUCCCCUGAUGAGCCAAUAACAAUCAUGAAGAGUAACAGAAUUAAACAGGGGUGCAUGAAGCACCAGAUCAUUAGGAAGAAAAGGUCUUGCUCAGUACCACAGUUGAGACAGAAGAAAAAAUCCUUUUGGAAAAUUGCCUCUAGUGGACAUUUGUCUCAGCUAACCAAAAAGAAAUGGAACACUCAUAAUGCAUCUGAAAUUUUCAUUGUAUCCAGUGUAAUACAAGAAAUGCAUUCAAAUGAAAAGAAAAAGAAUGUUUUUUCAGUCUCUGAUACAUCAGAAACACCUCAACUUCUUCCUCCAUCGAAUAUCCAUGUAAAUAGCAUGGAUAAACUAGCUGUGUCAUCAUCUUUACUACAAAAUACCCCAACAACAAAAAGGAUGCCUAACAUUGGCUUGCCUGAAAAACGUUUGACUGCUAGAAAACGAUGUAAACACUUGUCUACACUUUCCUUACAGAAGUUUGGUGAUAAUACUGCUGAGGAUGAACUUUCCAAAUCAGCACCUGUUUGUAAGCUUUCUUCUUCUUCCUUUGUCAUUCCUAACAUAGUAGUUGUUGAUACAUCAGUAGAGGAAAAGUUAAAUUUCUCCAAUCCCUUGUGACUCCUUUAUUUUGUAAUGGAAAAUAUACAAUCUCUUUGUGUUAUGAGCCCAAAUUCUCAAGUAGAAUCAUUCCAAUAACUUUUGGAAGGAAAUGGUAUUAUCUCUUGUGGAUAAUAAAAUCAGUAGGAAAUUGAAGUUUAUUUUGAAGUUGUGAUUUAUUUGAAUUUUUAUUUUGUGCUAACUGUUUAAAAAGUUAAAGAUUUAUGAAAGAAAUAAUUGAUUGUGAGUUUAUUAAUGAGAACUGUUGAAU